GCCGUCACCAACCCAGCCCAGUGCGCAGGCGCGGGAAAGUUCAACUGAGAAAGGAAAGUUUAUACAAAUUCAGAGGAGAAGGAGGCGGCGGCGGCGACCGGGACCAGCUCCCUUUCUCACAGGUGGCCCCAUGGCAGGUUCGGAAGAGCUGGGGCUCCGGGAGGACACGCUGAGGGUCCUAGCUGCCUUCCUUAGGCGGGGUGAGGCUCCUGGGUCUCCCAUUCCGACCCCAUCCAGGAGCCCUACCCAGGAGGAGCCAACAGAUUUCCUGAGCCGCCUUCGAAGAUGUCUUCCCUGCUCCCUGGGGCGUGGAGCAGUUCCCCCUGAGUCCCCUCGGCCCUGCUCCCUGCCCCUCCGGCCCUGCUAUGGUUCAGAGCCUGGUCCAGCUACUCCAGACUUCUAUGCCCUCGUGGCCCAGCGACUGGAACAGCUGGUCCAAGAGCAACUGAAAUCCCCACCUAGCCCGGAAUUACAGGGUCCACCACCCACAGAGAAGGAAGCCCUGCUGCGGAAGCUGGUGGCCUUGCUGGAGGAGGAGGCAGAAGUCAUCAACCAGAAGCUGGCCUCUGACCCGGCCCUGCGGCGCAAGCUGGCCCGCCUCUCCGCCGGCUCCUUCAGCCGCCUAGUGGAGCUCUUCUCUAGCCGUGAGGCCAGCCCUCGCCCAAGCCAAGCACGCCCCUCGUUGCCGUGCCCCGGGCCCCCGCCGCCUUCCCCGGAGCCCCUGGCCCGCCUGGCCUUGGCCAUGGAGCUGAGCCGGCGCGUGGCCGGGCUGGGGGGCACCCUGACCGGACUCAGUGUAGAGCACGUGCACAGCUUCGCGCCCUGGAUCCAGGCCCACGGGGGCUGGGAGGGCAUCCUGGCAGCAUCACCCGUGGACUUGAACUUACCCUUGGACUGAGCUCCUCCUCCAAAGCUGCUCCAGGAUCGGACCUCAUGUCCCUGCACUCUGUGUGUGCUUUUCCAAACUUUCCUAAUCCACUCAGGGCUCGGGUGGUGGCUACCCUCCCCGUUUUUGCCAAAAGAAAAUCAUUUACAGUGUUUUCAUAUUAAAAACGUUUUCAAGUAUUUAAUUGUUGGUCCUUUCACUCAAGAACUAAAGUUCUAAGUAAAGGAGAUUUGGUUCAAA